UCUCACCCCCAAACACUAAAGCCAGAGAAGCGAAAGAGAAGUGAAGCUAGAGGAUCAACAGGCAGCCUUACAAUUUGCUGUUCUUUGUGCUACACACUCAGACUUGUGGAUAGUCUAUGAAGAAUGGAAGUGACUUUGGUUACUUUUCGAUCAAGACAACUCACUGUCAUGUGGAUGUACUUCAGUCAACUUCUGUUGUUAAUACUCUAAACAUGGCAAGACUCUCAGCACAGAGCCCAGGGAGGCUGUCUGCAAAGGAUUAUCAGGACCAAAAAUGAAAAAUCCUUCUGCCUGAUAGAGGAGAAACCUCUGCAAAGAUGAACCCAGAAUCUCUGGACUCGUCCAUCCAGGGUGCACUCUCUGCCCUCUACCCGCCUUUCGAGGCCACAGCACCCAUCGUCCUCAGCCAGCUGUUCCGCACCAUUGAGGAACGUUACCACGGUGAUGCGUUACAGUGUCUGCUGGACUUCCUCAUCCCCUCCAAACACCUACUGGAGAGUGUCCAACAGGCAGCAUGUGCUGGGUACUCUGAUGUGGUUUUCCGCUGUGAGGGCUGGCCUCUGUGUCUCCAUGACAAAACCGUCAUCCAGUUAGCGCCUGUGAACCCUUUGCUGCUGCGUCCCGGAGACUUCUAUCUACAGGUGGAACCUUUCGGGGACCAAGCGGCUCGUGUUGUCCUCAAAAGUCUUCUGGAGGAGGGUUGUCGAGAAGUGGAGGAGACCCCCGUCCCUGAGACUUCCUACCCCUGCAUCUUCACUGAGGAAUGGCUGCAUGACAUCAAUGAAGGACGCCAUGGAACUCCUCUGUCACGCUGCUUGCUUUGCACAGAUCAAGGAGUAAUCAAAUUGCCCUGGGCUGAAAUCGCCAUCCCAGAGUUUUUAGACAAGCCUAAGAUCAUGCCCACUUAUCGGGAAGCACCUCCUGAGCCAAAACAGAUCUCAGUUCCCUCUCAUUUUAACUCCUCCACCCUCCCGAUGGAAGCCAUUUUUCUUCCUGCAAAAGACAGAAUGCCUGCAUCUUUGAGACCUGUGGCCUGUUCUUCCAAGCUUGUCAAAAUGGAUUAUGAAAGACGAACCCCCAAAUCACGCUCCAGACCUUUGGUGAAACCCGUGGGUUGGGUUUCUCCUAAUACCUGGGACAGUCGCAACUAUCGAGAGAUUGAGGGUGAUUAUGUAGACCUGGUGGAUAUCGCCAAAGGGAAUGAGUUUGUGGAUAAACAGAGAGGCAGCCAUCCAAAACCAUCCAAUUCAGUUUUGUUCAAACCUGUCAGGCCACCGCCACCAGUACCUCUGGGGAAUAUUGUUACCUGUGGGCACACACUUCUGUAUGCAGAGGAGCCUUGUACGCCGUGCAGCCAGAGAAAGCUGGGGCAUGAGCCCACUGAGCAAGACUUGAAGUGUAGGUACAGAGACUCGUAUGUGGCAGCACUGAGAAACCCAGUCGCUUUUGAGAGGGGGAGUGUAGACCUCCUGGCCGCCCUGGAGGAAGUCAGCCUUUGUGAAGAGGGAGAGUUGAGAUCCAAGGGUGCAUUUGAAGCUCAAAGAGACAAACGUAGAAACUUUUGUAACCACUGUAAUAAACCUGUAAUAAGUAACGAGCUCUGUCAACACGGACACUCCUGUGAGCCAACACCAGAAAACUUUGCAUCUCACCAGAAAGACCUUCCUACAAGUUCUGAAUCCGAAAACCUAAUGAAGGAAUCACCCAUGAUUUUGAAAUCAACCCCUGGUUUAAGCCAUAGUCACAAAGUGCAGAUGAAACUUAUUUCCCACCAAUCGGGACAUCAUGCUAGUGAGCAUCUGGGAUCAGAUGGUGACAUUAAACCCCAUCAGAAAGUGGAGGUUGUGAAACCAUCAGGAAAACACAAAGUUAAGGUUAGGUCUCUGUCCACUGUGUCAGAGACUUCUAAAGGGAGUCCACUUCUCUAUAAACUCAACAACAGGAGCCACAGUGAUAUCUGCCCUGAAACAAUCAACAGCGUAAUGCAGUGUAAGAAAGGUGAACUGUUGGAUCAGGUCACUCUGAAGCUGACGUCCCCUAAAAAAGACUCCCAGUCAAGUAGGAGUGAAACUCCCUCCGCUGCAGAUGGACCAGACUCCAAACUCCAUAACUCAGAGAUAGAAAAGCCAUCUUCUCCACAAGUUCAACUUCCUUCUGCAAGUUCUGACACUCCUCAUUCUCCACAGACUGAGGAAUCAGGUUUCAAAGGCAUCGGUGGUCUGCUUGAACUGGGCAUUAUAACUUUGCCAGGUAGCAGGGACCGGACAGGCAGGGCAGUGGUGGAGGUCCAUGGGGACAGAAAGGACUGGAUGUCCCCUCUUGUGUCAGCCCACAAUGUCUGUGAACUACUGCUCUACUUACACUCCAUACCAAGGAAAGAAGUUCGAGAGCUAGGAAUGACUUUGGUCAUCAAUGCCAGGAAGAAGCCUCCUUUGCUUCACCUCUACAAAGCUCUGCUGAUGGCCCAGGAGCAAGCUCUCCAUGCUGUCCACAGUAUCGUGAUGCUGGUGGAUAAAGACACUUGUCCUCGACCUGAAAAACAACCUGGGUUACAGAUGGACAUAGUGACUUCUAUGAAAGCCCUCAACAAGACAGUUGAAUCUUCCCAGCUGACCCCUAACCUGGGAGGGACCUUUACGUACAGUCAUACCGACUGGCUGCAGUUCCAUCAGAGACUGGUUUCUUUCAUGACUGACCUGCGAGGGGCAGACAGCUUGUUGCAGAAGGCCAUCAAGAAAGUGGAUGGCAGCAAGAAGAUAGACUCUGCCCAGGAAGUGCAGCAAUGCAUUCAGGAACAGAGGGCCUCAAUGAAAGAGGUGCUGGAGGACAUUCGACUGGUAACUCUGCAAAGAGAAGGAGGAGCCAUACUGGCCAGAAUGAGGAGGGAGGAGUUCAGAUUUCCACAGUCUGAGGACUACAGAGAUGCUCUGGAGUCAGUGACAAGUCUGUAUAACCAGGUGGAGGAGAAGCUCCACACUCUGGUUAUGAGAUCAAAUGAGUCACUGCAGCACCUCGGAUUCCUCUUCAGGCUCAGAGAGAUGGAGGCCAAAAUUAGCACGGCCGGGCUGUGGUUCAGUGCAGAGGGGGAACAGAGACUGAAGGACUCUUACACUACAGACAAUACCCUGGUGUGCACUGAAAAGGCCUUGCAGCACUUUGAUGUGUUCCUCACUCAGUCUAAGGAGAAACAACAGUACGCCUUGAUCCUGGUGGCGGAGGCAGAAGAAGCUGUUGGCACGAGCGAUUCCAGUCCUGCAACUGAUGUUUUUCAGACUCUGGUCAGCACUUUCAAAUCCAAUGUGGAUGAUUUUAUGUUGCGUGCAGAACAGAGGCACAAAGAACUGGAUACACUGGUGCAUGUGCACCGCUUCUGUGAACAGGCUUCUGCCCUGGCCAAAGAAUGCAUUCAUUCUUUGGAGCAGGUAGAGCAGGGGUGUUAUUCAGCUCAGGCCCUGAGCACACUUCAGAUGUAUGAAGAGAGAUUAGGUGGCGAAUUCUCCACCCUGCAAUUCCAGGCUCUAAAAGCUAAGGCAUGUGCCGUGGGAUCAGGGGCCUUGGGGGUGAUGAGAGUGUGGAAUGUAGCCUGGGUCCAGUGCCAAGAAGUUAGGCAGCGUCUUCAGGAGAAAAAGGAGAAAGGCGUAGAUAAGAACCAGAUCCAGCCGACCACAGCUGCAAACCCUCAGGGAGAUGAUGGUGGAAUAGAGAAGGAGGAGAAAAAGAAUGAGGAGGGGGAGAAUGAAUGCUUCCUGACCCAGCAGCCAACUUCUCAGAAAGAGUUGGUCAGUAUAUCAGAAAGUGAAGGAGAAUGCACCACUGCUGCAUGCUUCAACCACCAUUUAAAACCUGACUUGAAAGCGAGCGAGAAAGGAGGAUCUCAAGAAAAGAAAUUACCUGAAGCAGCAGUUACAAACGAGAAAAUGACUCCAUUUUUUCCACAAAACAUUGACUGUCAUCCAGAAACCAAAGGGAGGCCAAGAGAGCACCACAGUGAAGCAGAUUUGAGGAGCUCAGACUCAGUUGAAGGGGGCGAUGACUUUCCAUCACACCAACUUUUGGGCCGGUCCCUGAGCGAGGGCUCAUGUGUGACCUCUCAUUUGACAAGCAUUUCUGGCUUUUCACCUUUGAAUGUAAGACACAAACACUGUCAGAGCGAAACUCAGCCACUGGAACAAAAUCUGCAGCCCGUCCAAAAUCUGUCCAUUUUCCAUAAUGAGAGUUUACAGUCAGGAAACCUGAGCUGUGAGUCAAAAAGAGACAGUAAUGAAGAGGAGGGUGGAGGAUGCACACUCUCCACCCACAGCCUUAAAGAUUUAAGGACCCCAGAGACAUUACUCACGGCAACAGAAAACAAUGACAGCAAUGUUUUGAAACUGCGGAGGAUCAUGGAGGAGCUGCUGUCCACAGAGAGGGAGUACGUGAAGGCUCUGGGUUACGUUCGAGAGCACUACUUCCCCGAGCUGGAGAGGCCUGACGUCCCUCAGGACCUUAGGGGCCAGAGGGGGAGCAUCUUCGGCAACUUAGAAAAACUCCACGACUUCCACCGACACCAUUUCCUUAAUGAGUUGGAGAGCUGCGUGAACGAACCCUUCAGAGUGGGACGCUGCUUCCUCCGACAUAGAGAGAGCUUUGCUUUGUAUGCCCUUUACAGCAAGAACAAACCGCAGUCUGACAAUCUUCUCAUCAAUCAUGGACAGGCUUUCUUCAAGCAAAAGCAGCUGAAGCUGGGGGAUAAGAUGGACCUGUGGUCGUACCUGCUGAAGCCCGUGCAGCGGAUCAGUAAGUACAGCCUGCUGCUACAGGACAUGAUGAUGGAGUGCGGUCCGGGACAAACCAGAGAGAUGGCUGAGGUCAAGGCUGCCCUGGAGGUCAUCCACUUCCAGCUUCGCCACGGCAACAACCUGCUGGCCAUGGACGCCAUCAACCACUGUGAUGUUAAUCUGAAGGAGCAGGGGCAGCUGAUACGUCAGGAUGAGUUCUUGGUAACAUUCAGGAAGAAAAAAUGUUUACGCCACAUUUUCCUCUUUCAAGAACUCAUUCUCUUUAGCAAAACCAGGAAGACUGACGUAGGAAAUGAAACAUAUAUCUACAAACAGUCAUUCAAGACAUCAGAUGUAGGCAUGACCCAAAACAGCGGUGACAGUGGCCUGUGUUUUGAGAUCUGGUUCAGGAAGAGAAAAACUCAGGACACAUACACACUUCAAGCAGUCAGCCGAGAGGUGAAGGACGCCUGGACCAAGGACCUGGAGCGGAUCCUGUGGGAGCAGGCAGUACACAACAGAGAGGUCCGUAUGCAGGAGAGAGUGUUCAUGGGUAUUGGAAACAAGCCUUUCAUGGACAUCCAGCCCAGUGAUGCAGCUAUCAAUGACAGAGCCGUCAACUAUGUACUGAUGGGAAGAGAAAACAGGGUGCUGUCCUCUGUGGGAUCAUGUGGUUCACAGGACGGGCUCCCUGGGGGUCGGCCCAAAUCUAUUGGUUCAGGAAGCAGUUCUUCUUCCUCUUCCUCUGGAAGAGGUUCCCUGUCCCCUGUGCGAUACCUGUGUGGGCCAAAGCGGAGGGUGGUGGCGGGGGGCCUUGGAGGAUACGUAUCGCCUCCUGGAGCUCUGGAGGAGGAUGACCUGGACCACGAGAGUGGGAGUCACAUCUUAUUGUUGGACAGCUCUGAGUCAUCAGGAGAGAGUGUGAGUGGCUUCAGCAGUUCCAGUCACUCUGCUGUUGGAGGAGAGGUGGAGGAUGCCUCCUUGGUCUCUGUCUCUGUGAUCACUGUGAAGGAGGCAGCGGUUGCAGCAGUUGCUCUGGCAGGAUCCCCAGAAAAAAAAAAACCACCAGUUGCACCCAAGCCCAAAAUCAAACCACAAUACCAGGCCAAGGAUCUGCCCUGUAGCAAGGUUCAAAACACUAGUGUUGGAAAAUCCACUGAGGUUUGACCUGUGUUACAGUACAAGAUUUGGAGGCAACCCAAGAAAAGCAGAAAGCAGUCUGUUGGUGUCAGCAUUGAAGAUGAAACUAUUUAAACAUACAUCCUUUUAUACCAGCUGUUGCUGUAAUCCAUUGCCACUCUGUAAAUAUAUGUUCUUUUUUAAUCUCACCACUAAAACAAUAGGUCAGAAAAAUGUCUGUAAAUGUAUUGUAAUUAAACAGAGAUAAAUCUCGAAAUGUGUAAAUGUGUAAACUGUGUAAAUGUGUAACUUGCACAGUGCACUGUAAAUCAUAGUUUCGUAGCUCAUGCAAAGGAUCAUAGAGUUGCUGCGGACUUUGAGUCAGUGCUUUCCUGCUAUUCAUAGCAUAAUGCUAAACUUUACAAUAGUCAAAAAAUGUAGCUAAAUAAUCCUGGUGAAAUUAAAUGCGCAGAUUUCUAUAAGCAUGCACAAUCCUGAACCCUGAGGAGUUUGAUAAAAUCUUGUGAAUCUGUGAAGAAUUGUGUCACAAGGCAGUAAACACCAUAAUGCCAUUUUUUAUGUGCCAAAUGUAUUUCCUUUUGUACAGAUUUAUCAAACUUAAUACUAACAUACAGUAUGUGUCUUACUUAUUUCCUAGAAAAUAAAACACAUUCACUCUGUCCUUUCUUUUGAUUAACCGUUUUGUAUAAACAAAUAUGUUACUGGAGAUUUGUGUAUGUAACACUUUAUAUGGGUUUCUAUUUGAAAUACAAAACUAUGCAGUGAUGCUGAAUAUGUUGGCUUUUAUCUGUUUUUAUUUGCGCCACAACUAUUUUUUUGCAAUAAAUUCAACCAGCAUGCUUACAGUCAGAUGGAAAUGUCUAAACUCAA